AUGGCAACUGAACUGCGUCCAAACACUCACUACCAGCUACCUGACUGGUUUACCAAUAAUUACAGUGUCUCAACAAACUCUGAACGCCAACAAGAGGCAUCCAUUGAGUGUCGACAAGAAGGGCGUUAUCUUCGCAAUGAGACAUACGUACAGACCAAGUGGGACCAGUAUGCAAACAAUAACCGCCUUGCAGAUCGUAUCGAUCACAUUCGCAAACUGAAAGAGACCCUUGAGAACAUACUGCAAGAUGUGGAUAAGGAAAUUGAGAAUCUUUCAGAUGCAAAAACUGCAACAGAACAACAAUUGGAGGACAUGAACCUGCCGGCUGAUAUCAAUGUGGAAAAUCUGACAAUCAGAGACGGUCGUCUAGGAUUAGAGAUUGUUACUGAUGAACCUGACAAAGAACUUAAAAAGGAAGCUCAAGUAAUCGAUGGUAUCAAAGCCAUCCUGCAACAACGUAUCUCAGAGGCCUUUGAACAGCUGGUCCGUCUCCAAGAAACAAGGCAACAGAUUCAGUCUGACCUACAAGACAAGAACAUUGCAAUGGGUAUUGAUAUUGACCAGUACAAUCUGUCAGAAACAUCACCCAACAUCAGCUUCAAGCCAGAUCCUCUGCGAAUACCUAAAGGUGCUCCAACCCUCCAACAAUGGGAGGAUUACAGUCGUUAUAAUGUUGAGCGUGCUCAGGCAGAAAUAAAAGGUUCACGGACUUUGAGAGAAACCAUCAAUCACACACAAAACCAAGCUAAAAAUGAUCUUGAAGCCCAGCAGGAUGCUACAGGAUAUGCCUUCCGAAAACGCAUGCAUGAUAUUGAGAGAGCAAUAGACGAACUUGACUGGCAGAAGAAAACUACGGAAGAGGAGAUUACUGAGAUGGAAAACGAUAUCCGUGCUUUAAAUGAUUCCCUUGCCCAGAAAAUUCGGCACAUGAAAAAAGCACAAACACGUCUUGAAAACCGCAUGUGUCGACCUGACAUGGAGUUGUGCUGGGAUGCAGCUCAGACUGGACUUACAGAUGAACUCAAACAAUUGGAUGCUACAGUAAAUGCCCUUAAAGAGAAAAUACGUCAAUCUCGGCAUGCACUGGAUGGCUUACAAAAAAAUUUACACCGUAUUAAUGAUGAAUUGGAACGCAAGAAUCAUGCCCUGACGCUAGACAGUCGGUGUAUGGAUAGUCACAGUUUUCGUGCAAAUAAAAAGAAUUUCAUCCUAACCCAAAAAGUGACAAUUCCAUUUUUUUUUCUCUCUGAUUCAAGUUGA